AUGACCCUGGACAUAUUGAGUGUGAAGGCACAAGAGGUAAGAGCUAAGAUUACUUCACAGUUGUACUAUCAAAACGACAUUAUUACCAAUCCAACGUAUGGCAAAUCCCAACCACUAACCAAAAAAAAAAUGGUCUUCCACCCCAACGACAUCGACUGCUCGUUCUCGGUACCUAACCCAGAGGAGACCAGCCCCAACGAGAUGAGCCAGUCUUCCACCAUCAAGAUCAAUCUCGACGCCCAGCAGUCUCCUCUCAAGCUAAGCCGUCGCGCCCAGAAAUCCUACAUGUUCACCAUGGACAACGCCACGAGCCCACAGUUCCGCAAGGACCCCACCAAGCGCACCGCUCCCAACUCUAUCAAAACCAACUGCAAGCGAAGACUCCGCGCCGAGAAUAAGAACAAGUACAACCCUAACAACGAAAUCCCCGCCCCUGGCCGCCUCGCCCUCCCCAACAAGGAGAUCCUCACCCGCUAUCGAGCGCGCAAGCUUGCCAGCAUGGCCCCUUACAAGAGAGUCUGGGACAAGGCCAGCUCCCGCACCCAAUUCCACGCCAUGCGCAUCAACCAUGGCGUCAGGGGCGAGCGGGAGCAUGCGGGAAACUGGAUCGAGGCUGAGUGGCGGUGGCCGCGACGGGGGGACGAGGCUGUGCCUGACAUCAUUGUUACCACGCCUAAGGGGGAGACGCGCUACCUUCACGAUCCUGAGGAAGGCAGAAUGCGCACCUUUGUGGCCUGA